AUGCUCAUCAGCGUCUCCCGCCAUGGCGGCAAGAAUAAGAAGAUGGACUGCACGAGCACCGAGGAUGUAGGGGAGCCCAACCACCAGGUCAGCCCCCACUUCUUCCGCGACGUGGCGCCGCGCUACGUGUUUGAGCCGCAGGGGAAUCCGUACUUUGUUGUCCCCCGCAUCCACAACAACUUCAUCUCCCAGCCGUACGUUCUUGGCUUGCUGGUGGACGCCUACGCCGGGAACGACAUCUGGGUGGAGUUCAAAGCCAUCUACCGUGAGUACAACGUCUUCCAGAGCAUCCCCAGCUUUUCGGUGAAGGGCAUGAUGAGGGAUGUCAGCACGGGGUAUCAGAUUCUCACCCCUGCGGCAGCUGACAGAGUGCGUGGGGGAGGAACUGAAGGAGUUCGAGGUCUACGGGGCUUAGAGGCGACGGCGGUGGGCCGUCAUGUAGGAAUCUAUGCGAGAGCAACGUCCCUCCAGCAAAUAUGUAUAUGUCGCUGUGCGUGUAUCUUGGUGCGUUCUGUUGGGUGUGUGAUUGACGUUGCGUCUGUCUGCGACCAUUUUGUUGUUUUUUUUAGUUGCGCUGGUCUCUUGACUUUGCUCGUCUGGGCACCGCAGCCCACGCGCACAGAGAGACGGCGGGAAUGUGUGCUGCGCAUACACGCGAAGGCGGAAUAA